ACCAAGCCAACCCCGCUUCUAUUCCGCGUGGACAUAUCGACAAGACAGCCAGCGGCGAGAAGUCGACGCCGGCAGUCUGGUGCAACACAGCGAUCCAGUAGGUAGGUCAAACCGAGGCGGCGACGAAGUACGAACAGAGGGCAGGACGCAGUCAGCGCGGCGCGCCCAGGCCCCGAGGCCGAGCGAUCUGGUGACGGCACGGCAGCAUGGCCGAGGCGACGGGCCACGGCGGCCGCGUCGUCGACCUCUCGGGGGCCGAGAUCCGCGGGGACCUCGAGGAUCGCAACCCGCCCAUCUUCCUCCCUCGCCAGCCCGCCGCGUCCCCGCUCCUCGCCCUCGACAUCGGAGGGACUCUGAUCAAGCUGGUGUACACGGCGAGCCGCGGCGGAGGGGCCGACGGGACGGACCUGCGCUUCGCCAAGUUCGAGAGGCGACGCCUACAGGAGUGCUUCAACUUCAUCCGGGCGGAGGGGCUCCUCGCCAGCAAUGCUGGCGGAGAAGGCGUGACCCUGAAGGCUACAGGUGGUGGAGCAUAUAAAUUUGCUGACGAUUUCCUGGAGAAACUAGGUGUUUGUCUUGACAAGCUUGAUGAAAUGGAUAGUGUCGUUUCUGGAGCAAACUUUUUGUUGCAGAGUAUUCCUGGCGCAGCCUUCACACACAUGAAUGGACUGAGGAAUCCAGUAGAUGUUUCCCCAAAUAAUUUGUUUCCUUACCUUCUUGUCAAUAUUGGCUCAGGAGUUAGUAUACUGAAGGUUACUGGAAACAGAAAGUUUGAAAGGGUAACUGGGACGCACAUUGGUGGUGGUACCAUGUUUGGUUUAGCAAAACUUUUAACAGGCUGUAAGAGCUAUGAUGAAUUCUUGCAAUUAAGCCAGAAAGGGGACAACUUUGUUCUUGAUUUAAUUGUCAAGGAUAUAUGUGGAGAGCUUGUCUGCCAGAAGCAAGGGCUUUCAACAUCAACUCUUGCUUCUAGCUUUGGGAAAGUUAUUACUUCUAAGAAGAAGCUGACAGACUACAAGCCUGAAGACCUUGCAUCCACAUUGUUGAGCGCCUUUACCUAUAACAUUGCACAAAUUGCUUUCCUUGUUGCAUCACUUUUGGGCCUCCGAAGGGUUUUCUUCGGUGGAUCAUAUAUACGUGGUCACAAAAGCACGAUGGAAAAUAUUUCUUAUGCAAUUGAUUUCUGGUCACAGAGCCAAAUGCAAGCAGUAUUUUUGCGACAUGAAGGGUAUUUGGGAGCACUUGGUGCCCUGAUGAGUUAUGGGGAUCCAAGUGGUGAAAAUCUUACCCUCGAGGAGAAGGAGCCUCAUCACGAAUCAGCACCAGUUGAUGGGACAUCAGCGGAUGAAGAGAGUGAUAGCAACAUAUUUCCUUACCUUCUUGUAAAUAUUGGAUCAGGUGUCAGCAUGAUAGAGGUAAUUGGUAAGGGAAAGUUUGAAAGAAUUAUAGGAUCCCAUCUAGGCGGCGGUACUAUCCUUGGUCUUGCUAGGCUUUUGACUGGUUGUUCAAGUUACGAAGAAUUCCUGGAGUUGAGCCAGAGGGGCAAUAAUCUGUCUGUCGAUUUGACUGUGGGGGACAUAUAUGGGGAAGAAGGUUAUCCGAAGAUUGGCCUUCCAGCAUCCACUACUGCGGCUAGCUUUGGAAAAGUGAACUCAAGCAAACUUUCUGAGUAUAAAGUAGAGGAUCUUGCUGCAGCCUUACUGAAUUCUUUCACAUACAACAUUGGACAGAUAGCCUACUUUGUGGCUAAUCUUUCAGGCCUGAAGAGAAUUUUCUUCCGAGGUGCUUAUGUCUGUGGUCAUGAGAAGACUAUGGACAAGAUUUCUCGUUCCCUAAAAUAUUGGUCCAAAGGUGAAGUUCAGACGACAUUUCUAUGCCAUGAAGGGUUCUUGGGAACACUAGGUGCAUUUUGGAGUUAUGAGAACAUGGGGAUCGACAGUUUGGCGGCACAUGAAGUCAUCAGGGAAGUCUUGCUUGGUGCACCAUACACAGGGCAAUUCCCAUCUUUACCUGUCACUCAACAACAGGAGAAUGGAGAACAUGGUACUCUCGAAGGGGAAGUAGAAAGCUUACGACAUGACAAUGCCUUGCUGAAGGCUGAGGUUGAGCGAUUACAAAAGGAGAAUGCGUUGCUAAGAGCUAAGUUGGUAAGAUCAGGCGAGACUUCAACAUUGUGAUUUGUAACACAAUAAAAAGGGCGAGCCGCAGCUUGUUGUAAAUUUUAUCUGUUUAGAAAAUGGCUCAAAAUGUAACUCAUAUAGGAAAACUGAAUUCUGGAAAAGAAAUGCCAAUUAGCAUUGUUCAUCUAGUGAGCCUUGUUGUAUAAUUAUUUAUAUAUUCUUUAUACAAGAGCCUAUGUAUUUGCUCCGUUCAUGUAAUCUUGUUCCUGUAAAUGUUGUAUAAAUAGUUACCAAAAUCCAGUAAGUAUCCGGCUUUG